AGAGAGAGGGAGGCGGGCUCCAUGCGCUGCGGGUUUGAACGGAGCCGAGCUUGUCGUGUGACAUGACGCGCUCUUGGCUUUGACGUGCAACGGAUCGCGUGGCUCGAAUGCUGCGCCAUGAUCGGAUCGAUCGGGGGCUCUGUUCAGCCUCGCGCGGUGUCCGGGCGAGCAAUCGGCUUCGGCUUCGGCUUCUGUUCAAGCCCAUAUGUUCAUCCGCCCCUUGCCCGUCCUGCGAUGUGAUUUUAUGUGAUGCAGUGUGGUAGUGGCGAAUGGUUUGCAAAUGCUCGAAAACUCGUGCUGCCGGAAGGAGUCGUUGAAAUGCACUGGGGAGGUGGAUUGGAGUUGGAGUGAGGAGAGGAGUCGCAGUUUAUCAUCAGAAAACUACAAUGCCCGGUAGCAUUCACGUUACAGUUUUAGAGGCUGUGGAUCUGCCUGCAAAACUCAAAGAAUCCCUCGAGUUAGUAGCUGUUAAAGUUUCUUUGGGAAGUCAGGAUUCUACAACCAGAUACAUAAAAUUGGAGGGGGUUAAAACUGCACCUUGGGAUUCAGACUUUGCAUUUCCUGUGUUGAAUCUCAAAGAUAAACUUGCAGUGGCGAUCUGUGAUCCAGAGGGGGAAACACUGACUAAGUGUGAGAUAGAAGUCCCAUCUAUACUUCAACAAGGCUAUCGGGAAGAGUUUGUUACUCUCAGUGAGGGAGGGCGCUUACACCUGAAACUAAGUUUUGUACUCACAGAUGAAGAGAGGAAGAAAGUUAACCAAAUGAGAGCGGCUGCUCAAAGAAAGAAGGAAAAGGAGCAGAAAGAUGAAAUGAUGGUACGAAGAUCUAACAAUUUGACCAAGUCCAUUGAGAGGGCUUAUGACUUUAAGAGGAAGGAAGAUUAUUGUACAGAUAACGGUCUACGAACAAUUGCUGAAAGCGAGGUGGAACAUGCGGGCAAAAGUCUCGACAACUGGGAAGUUUUUAGCAGGAAGAAGGAUAAAGAGGUCUCUUCAGCUAGCCUUUUUGCCCUUCCUCAACCUCCUCAACCUCCCACACUGAAACCAUCUCCAUCUGUGGAGACGGAAAAGCCAGUUGAAGUCAGUGCAGAUAGAGAAAGGUGUAGCAAGAAUAAAUAUUCCUCCUCUUGCAAUACAAUGGACGGCGUGCUCCGUCACUCCAGUCUCAACCAGGAUAACAUUGUGGAAGUUGUCGUCAGGAACUCGUUUCCAGAACCUACUAUUACUACAUGUAGUCCUCCUGAAAAUAUCGAAUCACAAGCUAAUAGUGAAACUGAACUAGGGACGGGUCCUCCAAAGAUCCCUAUCUCUGAAAUCACAAGGACUGCUCCUAUUGUGCUUCUAGAGAUUGAUGAGCAGAAAGAGAAUCGUCCGGCUCCCUUGACAUCAGUAGAGAGUAACUGCAGGAUGGGAUCUCAAGAUGACCAUGUUUUCUGUCAUGGACCAGAAGUGGAAGAAUGCAUGGAAAUCAGACUGUUGGAGAACCGACAACAAGAAGAACUAUUGAAGAAAGAGUUGUCAAGCAACCAUGGAUUCUCAAGACCUAGAGAAGAGAAUCCUUUUUUUCCGAAGAGUCUUCUCAUAAACGGGUCGGUUCAACAAGAAUGCGAUAUCGCUGCUAAUCAAGUGCAUAACAUUUCAAAAGAAGACAGGGCUACUAUUCAGGUCUUCCCAUCGAAGGAGAACGUAGCCACUCUCCAAGAAUCAGCAUCUUUGGUGCAAGGCGUUGUUGCAGCUGUCAGAAUGUCCACUUUCAGCGAGUGGGAGUCUAUCAGGAAGAUGCCUAGAGUCAAAGAAGAGGACAGGACUUCUGCCAAAUUGUCACCACAGGCCCAGGCAGUGAAGGACCUUCCUUUAGAAGUAAAGUCUGGUAGUAAGGAGAAGGUGAGAACUAACUCUUCAUUUCCAGAGGCUAAAAGUCCAAGAUUGGGAGCAAGUGAGAUUGAAGAAAUGGUUGAGACCGUACCUUCAAAUACUGAAACCAAAAGUCCGAAGUUGGGAGAGCGCGGCAUUGAAGCGAAGACCAACGACACUUUUUCAUCUCCUAAGGUCGUUUCAAAGCUGGGAGUUCAUGGAGCUGGAGAGAAGACUAGCAACAUUGUUUCAGCUCCAGAGGUUGUCGAAUCAAAGCUGGGAAUAAGCCGAACGGAAGACAAUGUCGGACCUCUUUCUUCCUACAUCGAUUUCGGCGAAUUGGACGUUGAAGGUCGUGUGGUUGAAGAGAAGAUCAGACUCCUGCCUUCUGCCCCGAUCGAUGGCAGUCCAAAGGUGGGACUGCAUCAUCUAGAAGUCAGACAGACGGGUAGCCCGAGGCUUUUAAGAACAGCCUUGAGCUCCUUCGAAACUUUUAGUCCAAGAAUAUCCAGAACAUCUGUCACCUCACAUGAAUCGGAUAGUCCCAGGCUUUCAAAAACCUUUGCCAAAGUGGAGAAAAAUCCAGGAUUGCUGUCAAGGCUCUUAUCAGACGACUGCACAAGUAUGGAACAGGAAAGUUCCGUUCUCACUUCGGCGAAAUCUCUUCCCAUGGAAGGCUGGGUGUGUGUGGAACGUCCCCCUAUGAAUUGGGAAGAUCCACUUAAAGCUCCAAUGACUUGGGAAGAUGCACUUAAAGUUGCCCAAGAGAAACGAGAAGCGGCUAUAGGUCCCACUCCACAGCCAGCUUCUCCUCUUCCACCACCAUCUCAACUCAAGGUGCCUGCUUACAACUUGACAGGACCUCCUAGUCCUGUGACACCGAUGGGAGCUGCAAGAGUGCCAACAUCUUUCUGUCUUCCUUCAGCACAAGAUGUUAUAUGUGCUCCUCUACCGCGCCCAGCUAAAUCAAAUCCAAGCAAGGCAAGCAUCAAUGCAGGAUAUGUCAAGGCUCACACUGAGAGUUUUGAAAGUGGCUCAAAUCAGACCUCAGAUCAACCUUCUGGCAACGUUGGAAACUUCUUGAUGCAAACAGAAACAUCAUCGCCAACAGGAGUUCAGGUGGAGCUCAAAAAGAGGAGAUCAGGGGAAGAAGAACUGGUUAAAUGGGAGGAAAAAGUGAGAAACUGGGGGCAGUCUGCAGAGCUCAAAGAUAUCCAGGAGGAAUCCAGACACAGGAACCAGGGUACGGAGAAACUGUCGUGGGACAUGGACGAUUUUGAGGAUAGCAUUAGAAAGGACUUUGAAGCCAGGUUACAGAGUCCAAGCAGCGAUUGUGAGUCCUCCAGUAGCAGACUUGCAGUGCCUGCAGCAGAAGUAAGGUGGGAUGUCGAAGAUUCAACAAGAAUCAAGUGGCUCGGGGAAGUCACGGAAGAAUCAACCACGUAUGAAGGCUGCCUCGAUUUGUUUGAAGACUUAAAUGUGGAGGACAUGGAGGGGAGUUUGAUGGAGGAGGCUGAUCUCAUAAUUGAGAGCUUAUGCAAGUCAUUGGAGCCAGCAGCAGACUUUCUUUCGUCUCGCGAGGUUUCAUCUCGUGAGCUGACUCCAGAUUGCCCAGAUCGAGAAGACUCUGAACCACCUACAACAGAUGAGGAAAAGCAGAAAAAUUCUGUUAUUGGGGGAGCACUGAAACAGGUCUUGGGUGGAGCUGUCCUCGCUGCUGGCGUGUUUGUCCUAUGGCCAAAAAAUGCUGGGAACACUGAACGAUACCACGUCGUGAAGACUGGUGAAACCUUGAGCAACAUAUUGCCAGAACAAUCAAUUGACCCUUCAUCCAGAUUUUGUAAACUUAACCCUCAAGUGUGUGAACGGAAGACCGUGUACCCAGGACAGCGCCUGCGACUGGCCUGAUCCAGGAGGUUUCCUGGCCCUGUCUUAUUCAGCGUGAGAAAUGAUUUCUUCUUUUUUUGGCCUUGGGACGCGCUUGGUGGCGUAGAAUGUUCAGUUUCUAUGUCAACUUGAUACAAACCCCAAAUGAAGAGGGGACGUUCAUGUUUUGGCGAGUUCUUUGAUUAAGAAGUCAAACAUAGCCUUGGAUUUACAUAAGUGAUUCUCAAAUCAGCCUGGACCUCAGAACCCUUUAAUCUCAAGGGAGUGAGGUUAUCCAUAUCGUUAUCAUAUCAGAUACAUAGUACUGCUCUCAAACUAAUUCAUACCACACUUCCCCCAGGAGAAAGUGAAUUCAGCUUCUACACCCUGCGGGCAGAGUGAUCAGUUGAAGAUACGGCUUACGUGAUACAGAACAAUUUGUUGUACAUACUAUAAUAUGAAAACAAAUUUGC